UGCUGCUACAAGUCACAAGAAAAGGUAAAGUCUAAACUUUAACUGAGCUCAACAUUUGGAAAGGAUUGACAACACUGCCGGCUCUCCAUCAUGGCCUACCAGGCUGGGAUUGCAGAGGAGCCCAGUGCUUUAGUUCACAACAUCAGCACCAACAUCCAGAAGCUGACGCUGCUGACCUCGGAGCUGCAGAGGACGGUUGCUCUGCUGGGAACAGAGCGUGACAGCGGCCAGCUGCCACAGACACUGCAACAGAAGCAGCAGCAAGGAAACCAGCUGGCGAAGGAGACCGACAGACUGAUCAAGGCAUUCUGUGCACUUCCUGUCGGCCCCGAUCAGCGGCAGAGGAAGAUACAGAAAGAACGUCUGGUGAAUGAUUUCUCCGCAGCACUAAACAGCUUCCAGAAGACCCAGAGGCAGGCGGCAGACAAAGAGAGAGACUUUGUGGCGAGAGUGAGGGCGAGCUCCAGAGUGUCGGGAGGACAGCCUGAUGACAGCUUUGGAAAUGUGCCGUCUUUCCUCGGUGAUUCCCAGGUGCAGGCUCAGACCGAAGCCAUCACUGAAGACGACCUGAAGCUGAUCCAGGAGAGAGAGUCAAGCAUCAGGCAGCUGGAGUCGGACAUCACAGAUAUCAAUGACAUCUUUAAAGACCUGGGGAUGAUGGUCCAUGAGCAGGGGGACAUGAUAGACAGUAUAGAGGCCAAUGUGGAGAGUGCAGAAGUGAAUGUCCAGAGUGCCACUCAGCAGCUGUCACGUGCUGCAGACUACCAGCGACCUAGACGUGGUGCAUUCCGGGAAUCAGGUGAAUCAAGUGAAGGCUGCCAUGUGGUGUGAUCACCUGCGGACGUGUGAGCUCUCAGUCAUCAGCUUGGCCUUCCUCGCCUUUCUUUCUUUCUUUAUUUUUCUGCUAAAGCAACGUUUUUUUCACAAUAUUCUCAAGUAAAUUUCAUGGAAAUAACAAAGCCGUGUUCUGGAGUUUCUUGGGAGUGUUUAGCUGAGUGGAACGUAGUCCAUGACAGGUGAUCUGAACUGGGGUCGCGACUCAAAAAGGUUGAGAAUAGCUGGAUAGAAGGAGUAACUUUCAGAUGUAUAAAUAUAGAGAAAUGUAAUCACUUGUGAUUGCUGUAGUGGUCUCUGCUGUAUCAGUAUGUAUGCAUGUAUGACUCGUCCACCUCCUGCACAAGGACUCCCUUGUGUAACCAAGUUCUUAGUCACUUUGCUUUGGUAAAUAAGACGUAGAUAAAGAGGCGGAAAAGGAGAAAAUAAAAGAAUAAGCUGAGUCACAAGGUGAUCUGAUUCAUGCUGCGGUUGUGAGUCACUUCAAACUGAGAGUUAUAUUGGUUAGAAUCAGAGUUAACCCAUAAGAACCCAGACCCAGUAAUCCUUAAAGGAAAAUUAUGGGGGAUAUACAACAGACCAAGUGGACCACAUAGAACAUAUUUAUUAAAAAAAAAAAAUAUUAAAAAAAUUCUACCCCUAAAUGUCAAAUAUCUGUGAUAUGACAUAAACGUUAUAUUGGGCAUUUAUGGAAGUUAUGUUUAUGAUAUUUCUCAUUUAAAAAUAAUUAAACUGGACACCUUUUCUGCUCACAGAAACACAAAUUUGCCUUUUUCUUUGCAUCUCCACAUUUAUCAAAAUUGUGAAAGGAUAGGAACGGAUUAUUUUUUUGUUUAUAUUUGGUCAAAUGUACUUACAUUAGAAUUAGAAUUGUUAAAUGGGUUUGAACUUAGCCUAGUAACAAAAAAUAUGCUUUUUGAAAUUAGCUUCUUUUUCACAUUUCUGUUUCCAGUCACACACAUAUUUUGCAGAAGUCACUUCUUCUCACAGUCAAACAGUCUUGCUGAGGGAUUUAAUGAGUUAAGGUGAAGCAUAAAGCUGAAUAUGGGAGAUUCUAGAACAUUUAAAGUGUUUGUUACACUGGUGUCACCAUGGGUUCUUAUGGGUUAAACAAUCAAUCUCUCCAUUAAAAUCCACAUUAUAGCUAAUAUUUAUGUAU